UGGAGCAACAUGCAGCUGGACGACACCCACAUGUCAUAAACGAAACUUAAAGUCAGAGUAAGUCAGAGUGUGAGUAGAGCUGCAGACCAGUCUCUGUUUCCACAGUAAGGAAACCUACACCAAGUUCAUUAGAUCUGUUUAAAGACACAGAAGAGUCUCUGGCAAACAUUGUCCAUAGCUAUGGCUGCUGCCGGUCCUCUCAAAUCUGAUCAGUUCCUGUGUUCCAUCUGUCUGGAUGUGUUCACCGAUCCAGUCACUACAUCAUGUGGUCACAACUUCUGCAACUCCUGCAUCACUGAACACUGGGAUAAUAAUGUUGUUUAUUAUUGUCCCAUGUGUAAAAUGGUUUUCCAUACAAGACCUGAGCUGCACAUCAACACUUUCAUCUCAGAGAUGGUGUCUCAGUUCAGACAUGAAGCUCAACAUGAACCAAACAUCUACAGCUCAGAUCAACAAGCUGCCAAACCAGGAGAAGUUCCCUGCGACAUCUGCACUGAAACCAAACUGAAGGCCCUCAAGUCCUGCCUGGUGUGUCUGACCUCCUACUGUCAGACUCAUCUGGAACCUCAUCUGACACUUUCAGGACUGAAAAGACAUCAGCUGAUCCCCCCUGUGGAGAACCUGGAAGACAGGAUGUGUAGGAAACAUGAUAAACCUCUGGAGCUGUUCUGUAAAACAGACCACACAUGUAUCUGUCUACUCUGUCCUGUUUUAGACCACAAGAAUCAUGACUUUGUUCCUCUGAAAGAAGAAUAUGAAGAACAGGAGACAAAGCUAAAGAAGACACAGGCUGAAAUUCACCAGAUGAUCCAGGAGAGACAACUGAAGAUCCAGGAGAUCCAACACUCAGUGGACCUCGGUAAGAAAGCUGCAGACAGACAAACAGCAGAAGGUGUUGAGGUCUUCACUGCUCUGAUGGAGUCUGUUCAGAGAAGUCUGGACCAGCUCAAAGAGGAGAUCCAACAAAAGCAGAGAACCACAGAGAAACAGGCUGAAGACUUCAUCAAAGAGCUGGAACAGGAAAUCUCUAAGCUGAAGAAGAGAAGCACUGAGGUGGAACAGCUCUCAGGCUCUGAAGACCACCUCCACUUUGUCCAAAGAUUCACAUCUAUAAACACUGCUCCACCCAUGAAGACCUGGAAAAAGGUCAGCGUCCGUCCGCCGUCAUAUGAGGAAAUUGUGGUGAGAGCUGUGUCUCAGCUGGAGAACAAAGUCAGAGAAGACAAGACAAAACUACUGAAAGUGAAGCUGAAGACAGUCCAGCAGUAUGAGGUGGAUGUGACUCUGGAUCCAGAUACAGCAUAUCCUAAACUCAUCCUGUCUGAUGACGGGAAACAGGUUCAUCAUGUGAAUCAAAAGAGGAGUAUUCCAGACAACCUAGAGAGAUUUUCUAAGAAUCCAUGUGUUUUGGGAAAGCAGAGUUUCUCUACAGGCAGAUUGUACUUCGAGGUUCAGGUCAAAGAAAAGUCCAAAUGGACCAUAGGAGUGGUCAAAGAAUCCAUCAACAGGAAGGUGUACACAGCAUCAAGUCCUCAAAAUGGAUACUGGACCAUCUGGUUGAGAAAUGGUAAUGAGUACAGAGCUCUUGACAACCCUCCUGUCCUUCUGUCUCUGGAGUCUAUUCCUCAGAAGGUGGGGGUGUUUGUGGAUUAUGAGGAGGGUCUGGUCUCCUUUUAUGAUGUAGAUUCUUCAGCUCUCAUCUACUCUUUCACUGGUUGCUGUUUCAAUGAAAAACUCCUCCCAUUCUUCAGUCCAUGUAACAGAAGUGGAGGAAACUCUGCUCCUCUGAUCAUCACACCUGUCCUCCCAGACACUGAGGAGUAGUCAGCCUCAGCCUUUUAACGCAACUCCAUGCAGCAAAACAUACAAAGUCAAGGUGGUAACAUGGUAACAAUUUAUGUUACACUGUGAAAUGUAUUGUUUAGGGAUUAUUGUUCUUAUACAAAUAUUAAGAGUUGGUUCCUCAUAGUAAUCAUUAUCACCAUCACCAUCAUGGUUUCCAUCCUGGUUUUCUCCAGUUUGUUAAAGCCAUUGUGUUAACAUUUGUUUUGGUCCACAAUUGAACACACACACAAAAUUUCAUCACAUUUGUUUUUUCAAAAUUUCUUAUUUCAUGCAAACUAAAAACUUCUGGAUGGAAAUUCACCUGAUGAGACAGGAAGUUACACAGAUGAGCAGAUUUGUCUCUUUCCUUUUGGUAAUAAUGUGGAGGUUUUAGGAUCCUUUUGUUUACAGGAAGAGCUAGAAAGUGUGAAAUGUUCACAUUUAGAAGUGCAUGUUUAACAGCAAUUAAUUAAAAAGAAGUCAUUAAAUGUGACAGGUUUUAACACUUGUUUUAAGGGAUACGGUAGCCAAUGUUGGGCAGCAGUGUCACCACAAAUGCCAUCGUUAAUGGUUUCUCAAUGUGAUGCUACAGUAGUGUUUCCUAUAUCAAAUAGCUUCUCAGUCAUUAAGCUCCUUUACUGACCAGGUGGCGCUGUAGAGUUCACAGUAACUUAAUAAAAUACAACAAUGGAUGAGUAUGUGAAGCUGCAAAGAGACCGAGAAGUCAACAGCAUUUAUGGCAGUGAAAACAACAACAGAUGGAGUUCAUGUCACAAAAAUAAGACAGAACCUGUAAUGCUGAGGACAGACACAGAAAAUACAGGAGUUUAACUGAAAAAAUUUAAUAGAAAAUAGGCUACGUAAUCAAGAAUUGACUGAGUAAAUCCCACAUUCAGAUAAUUCAGAUCAGAACCAUCAUCACAAAGCGAAUCAACAGUAACUUAUCACCAGGUAAGAACAAGGUGCUAAGUGUGGUGAGUCCACAUAAUGAUUUACUUCACAUGCAUGUGACUAAUAAUACUUCUAAUUACAAUAACACCACUACAAGUUUAUUAUUAGUACCAAUGGGAAAUUAUUAGUCUAACAGUAGCCACUUCACAUCAAAAUACCAGUACAAGGUGAAAGAAAAAAAGGCUGAAUGAUCUAUAAUUAUAUACAAUAGACUUGUACUUGACUCAGUACAAAAAUCUUAAAACUAGACUGCAACGUGUUAAACUACUUGUUACCAUGUUUUUGUAGCUGAGCUACUACAUCGGCGGUUACUUCAGUGGCGUUAACCUGUCCAACACCGAUCAAAACAUUUUACCAGCAUCACUGACUCAGAAAUAAAUUCAAUAAUGUCUGCAUAGAGGAUCUGGGUUUUGUCUAAUUACUGUGAUGAUUAAUUCAUUUUUGGUUUUGUGUGGUGUUUUUAAUUCCUUUUUGUCUAAUCAUUCUGUCUUAUGAUUGCUGUUUGUCCUUAUGUUAGAUUCUGAACUUCCAGAAAUGGCCACUGGGAGGCACUGUGAUUAAAAUUUAUAAAGUUAACUAGUCGUGUUGUGUG